UCAAAAUGCUGACAUUGCAAAUAGUGCUGACGGGCAGAAGUACAUAACAUGGCGGAGGCAGAAGUGGAAAGCAGUGCCGAGCCUCCAACCUACUCCUCACUGCCGCUGUCUUUUCAAUAUUCUUCUUCUUUAAAUAGUAUUAUAUCUGUUUCUGAUUCAUCAAACAUUGAAGUGUUAGAUAUUCAUUCAGGAAAAAUAACGGCAUGCGUUUCACUUCAGGACAAUGAUUCUGCUCAAGUACAAGGCUUGUGCAGAUUUUUGGAUGAUGAGGAAAAGCUUGUUGUUGCAUGUGGAAAUAAAGUUGGUCUAAGAUCAACCAAUGGAGAGCAAAUAUUUUUAAACACAAUACUUCAAGUAGAUGCUGUUCCUCAAGAUGGUACCGUAACUGUGGAACUGGACAUAGUAAAGGCUGGCUUGUUGCUUAAUGGACUGGAACGCUGUUUGAAAACUACUGAGUCUUUUACCUCUGGCUUCAGUAGUACGGCACAAAAAAAUCAAUUUCAACAGGUCACAAUGACUUUAAAGAGUGCCUAUGAGAAAUCGGUCCUUAAAAUGAAAGAUGUCUCUGGACGUGGUAUUAAAUGGCUUACUGUUUGUUUAACGAUGGACCAUCAUCUUUUGACAACUGUUUUUGAUACUGCGUUGUUAAUGUGUAAACAUGAAAAACGGGGACCUGCUCUCCCUGUUAUUGGUGAUAUUCUUCAAAGAUUAACUUCAAUGCAGAAAACGAUGUUUGAGAGUAUGUCAAGUGAGAAACGUUUGAUGUUUAAUGAAGUGGAUCGAUUACAGACAUUCAGUUCUUGGCCUCACAUGAACUACAAAUGGGCAUUACCAGGACCUAUGGCUGAAGCUGGAUUUUACCAUCCUCAUUCAUCAUCAAAGUCAGCAGAAGACAGAGCAAUGUGUUUUACAUGCUGUGUUUGUUUGGUUUCUUGGGAAUCUUCUGACCAGCCAUGGUCGGAACAUAAACGUCAUUCAGCGAACUGUCCUUUUGUGAAGGGAGAGUACACUGAAAACGUUCCCCUCCAAGUGUAUUCUGCUACAGCUGGUGCACAACAAUUAACAAGACCCAAUGAUAAGGUUACAUGUGUCAGCUCAGUAAGUUGUGAUAAUCUAAUAGCAGCUGGUACUGAAGAAGGAUAUAUUGUGAUCUGGGAAACCUUUCCAUCUCUCAAGGUUCAUUCUGAAUACCAGAUAUCUGUAUCAGCUAUUAAAGACUCGAGAAAGAAGUCAAGACAGAGCUCUAGUAAAACGAAAAAAUCUGAAUCAAAAUUGCCAAAUUCUUUAAAAACAAUUGCUUCUGAGGCUGCAAGCGACGUUGUGAAGAAUGAUAAUAUUCCACUGAGUAAAACUGACGCUAAAGAAAACAUGGAGAACAAAAAGACAGAACAACUGGAUAAAAUUACUAGCAUAGCUCAGGAUAGUAUUACAGAUGUCAUCUUUGAAGGGGAAAGUUACUGUGUCAUUGCUGAGCCAUUGAAUUACAAGUCAGAAAGUCUAGCUGGCGAUUCAAAUGUAUUUGGGAUUGAAGACUCUGUACUUGAAAUCGAUGAUUCUCUUAAUAUUAGCCCCCAAAAAGAUACUAAUAAAGAAAGCUCAGAAAGUAUUUCAUCACCUACCGAAGAUAAAUCGAAAGCCUCUGGAGGGGGUAAAACUAAGUUGAAGUCCGUAGAACGAUCCUGCAGUAUUACAUGUGUUACAAUUUUGAAAGAAGAGGACAGUGAGGACAAGUUUAUUGUUGCUGGUGUAAAAAUUGAAUCAAGAAAAGUAAGGAAAAACAAAGAACGUCAUAAACACAAACUAUCACUACUAGUUUACAAGCUAGCUGGCAAGGUUAAAGUUAAGGGAAGUCAAUCAGACGUUAAUUCAGAAAUUAUUAAUCCACUAUCCAGCAACCCAUUUCUCCCUAUGAUGGGCUCUGUUUACGAGGAUGACUUCUCUGUAGUGUCUGAUGAAGACUACUGCUUGUUCGAGGAUUCUGAUCCAACCCAACUGUCUGUUAUUGAUGAGUACCUGCUGGCUGCUCAGAAGAGUCCAUCUGCUGGUAAUGGAGGUACUCAAAAUAUUGGUCCAAACGAGAUUAAAACUGGUUUUGAUCAAGAAGAAGUCGUUAAAAUUGAUGAUAUAAAAACAGUUUAUGAGGAUUGCGCUUUUCAUAAAUUUGAUAUUGAUCGCAAGUUUUACACAAAAGAAAUGUUUGUGUCUGAUUUACUUGUUGUCGAUGGUUACUUAGUGACUAUUUUAAGAAAACAAAUGGAAAUAAAUCUAUCAACGGAUGACGAAGAAGAAGAAAAGAACUGUUUACUUGUUAGUUCCAUUUCAAUGAAUAAAAAACGAGUAAUAGAUUUAAAACUUGUAGGUCAAAAAAUCUUUACGGGAGACAGCUUGAUAAAGGAUAUUGUUUUAGUGCCAUGCCAAAAACUUCCAACAAACCUGUUGACAAAUUUAACUGCACUUAAUCAAUUUGAGAAUAUGGAUAAUAAUCCAAAACAUACUGGUGGAGUUCCACAAUCACUUGUUGCUCUUGGCCUUUCUGAUAACUCAAUUACAUUUUUAUCUGUACCUCAACUAACUGAGUUGAAAAUUCCUAGCAAAAUUCAUGAGGAUAGAAAAAUUCAUAAAAUUGCUUAUUGCACUGCUCUGUCAUCACUAGCUAUUUGUGACAACAAAGGAUUUCUGACAAUCUGUUCCUGUUCAAGUAACCAAGAAAAUCCUUAUGAAAUGAGUUUAAACGAUCUCUCUGUUACUCCAGUCAACCAAUGGGAAUCACGUUUUACCCGUGAACAACUGCAGUUGCUGGUUGAGUUAACAAAAUUUGAGCAUGUUCCACAAGGUUGCUAUAUUUUCUUUCCUGUUAACUGGUAUGUUGCUCGUAGCAGUGGAAACAAAUCAAAAAAGCUACCUGUACCAAGUCAUAUGCUGAAGUUAUCACCAGUUGAAAUGGACAAACGAUUAAUGAAAAGAACAGAACAACUUGACAUUGAGCUGAGUAAAUCAGACUUUACCUUCCAAAUGUUUGUGUUAGUUCAAACUUCAGUUGGUUAUUUUGACAUUUUGGUUUUUCUCAAAUCACCACUAAAAGAAGCUGAGGAUUUUUCGUGCUCUUUUUACAUUGAUGAGUCACGCAGUAAUGGAAUGUCUGAUGGUGGCAGUAACAGCAGUUCUGAAAGACUACUCUGUGGCCCUAUCCUCUUUUCAAGUAUCAUGGAUCCAAAUAAGUUGUCAGGACAGUUUACCGUAAUGUUGCCAGAGCUGUUGAACCAUAAGAGUGUGUACGUAAUCGUCAAGUUGGAACACGCUGCUAGCAGUAAGAGUGGUGCAACAAACGAUGAAAGUCAACAAAGCAAGUCCACAACACAAAAUGAUUUCUUGAUUUCAGAGAUCUUAAAAGAAGUUUAUGUCGGAGUGUAUCAGUUUAAAGCUUUAGCGCCAAACAGUUUUUAUUUUCCUGGGUGUCGUAAUGUUUUAUUAAGAGACACUGAGUUUCAUCAGAACUUAAUGGACCAGUUUUUAGAAUUAGUUGAAGCGAAUGUUGAUACAAGGCCUGGUUAUGAACUUCAAUUAAUUCUAGACCUGUUCGCUUGGAUUGUUAGUGUUUACACUACUUCUGACCAAAACAAAUGUGACGCUAUUGUCUCAAUUAUCCAAUCCAGAUUGACAAUGUUUUUAAGAGCUUGUCUUUUAUAUGGAGACAGAUCUAUGUGCUAUCGGUGUGGUCAGAUCAUCUGCAAUUUAAAAAGAUACAGCAAGAAUGGUUCAUUCACGAAAGAAAUAUUUGAUACAAUAUGGGACCUGCUGCCAAACAUUCAUAAUGCUGUUUCGCCGGCUGCUUGCCACUGGGCAUUUUGGUUAUUAUGCGAUUGCAUGUCUACUGAAACAUUUUCGGAAGAAAUGCUACAGAGGUUUACCUCAUUAUUGUUAAAUGUCAGCAAAGCGUAUGGUGAUAGAUUCACUGAUAUUCAAAAAAUGCUUGAUGCACGAUAUGGUUUAGCAGAAAUGAUAUUUGAACCUGUUAUGGUUGAACCUCUUUAUAUAAAGCUUCGAUGUGGUACCACAGUCACACCCGAUGGGGUAAAAGGUUUUGAAAUGGUUAGGAUACCAACAAAUCAUUUACCAGGCAUACUUGAAACCCAACCAUUGCAUUUUGUUUGCGUGACAGUCAGUGAAGGUUCCAGAGUUGAAUAUUUAAAAUCUAAAACAGGUUUUUCAAAAAUCGCUAAAGGCGCAAGUCACAUUGGUGGUUCCUUUCCUAUUAUUCCCCAGGAAAUUCCACAGUCACUUUCACAACAGCUUGAUGCAGAAGAAAAAAAGAAUUUUGAUGCAAAUGCAUUUUUCUCAGAGUUGUUUUUUGAUAUUAUGCAAGAUCAGCAAUCAUUCCCAGAUUCCUUCGAUGUAUCUUUGCCUGCUCCUCUGCAAGGAGAAAUUACUGUAAACAACUCUUCUACACUACCAGUGCUAAAGAAACCCGCUCCAACGAGAUCUGUUGUUGCACACAUUGAUGAAAGUUCUGUGAAUGACGAAGCUGUGAUUCCAAAACCAUUUUGCAUGAUAGUGGACAAAAUGCAUGUUUAUUCCAUGCAUUAUGCUGUGUUGGAUUUCAAAUCAACGAUACUGUUGUCAGAUCUAACAUUUCCACCUUGCAAAGCUUUAGCGAGUAUCACCAUUUAUGCUUGGGAUGCUGGGCAGACAUCAGAUAGUGCAAAAGUUGUAGCCUAUUCUGAUGAGAUCUCAAGAAAAGCACUUGUGUUGUCAAACAUUGUACCUCCUGUAUCCUUACAAUAUAUCAAGAUCCUUGUUGUUGGCGGUGAUUCCUGCAGUGUCAUUAUACCACUUGGACAGUAUUAUGGUCACACAUUAUUAGAGACAUCUAACCAACAUGCAAUCUUUGAGAAACAUCAGAAGCAAUAUGAGGAUGUGUUUUGUCGCUAUGCAUUGACUGCGGAUCGAAUCAAACCAUUUCCUAUGAAGAUAGAAUCUUACACACGAUAUAGCAAAGGAGUGAAUACUGUUUUGGUUGCCAUGAAGAAAGACUAUGCAUUGUGUUCACAUUUACAACUAUGCCUGAACUUCCUUCGUAAUAACCUGGCUUGGAGUGGUUUUAAUAAUUUGAUAGCAAAAAGAAAUCUUAGGGAAGAAUUAGUGGAUCUACCAAAACUUGAGGAUAAAUCAUUUAGUUCACAACAACUGAUUUUACAUUGCUUACUUGAGUGUAUCUAUUACAGCUUUUCUCUAACCAAAUCAACUCAAGUACCUUCAACUGACCUAUUGUCUAGGGAAAACUUUUUAUCCCUGUUUAAAUCGACCUGUACCUAUGGAGCCAGUAGCAUAACAGAAACAGCUACUUCCGUACUGUACCUUAUGUCAGAAAAAAGUAUUUGGUGGUGUGAUGCUUUAGUUGAUGUUUUUCAAUAUUGUUUUGGUGCCGAAACUGUUGCAGCAUUGCCUAAGCGAAGAUUGUUCAAUGUGUUAAUAAAAUUGAUUAAUGCAACAGAGGAUACAAAUGGUUUGGUGGAAAAGUUUUUAAAUCUUUUGCUACAACAGCUUAAAGGAAUUUUAUCACAAGACUUAAUUAUUACAAACGAUUCUGAUCCAUCAGUUUUGGAUUGGAUUCUUCUUGUACUGAGUGAAACAUUAAAUUGUAAAGAUGUGAACAUUUGGAAUUUCUUUGCACCUUGGGAUCAUCUACCAGAACCAGUAAGCACCAGCACUACAGGUGCUAGUUCAGCUACACCCAACUUGAUACCAUUUACAGAAACGUGGACACUACAAGGAAAAGUAAAGAAAUUUCCAGCAAAAUCUAUCCCUGCCAAAACUCCUGAAAAAGACAAAAUAGAAAACUCAGUAAGAAAUGAAAUAAAAGCACCUGUAGUUCCUGACACUUUGAAAGUGAAGAAUACAUCUGGAUUUAAUAUAUACCAAAAGGUUCUUGUAUCAAAAGCAACAGCGAUACCUGUUUUAAAAGUUAUGUUGAAUUUUGUAAUUUCGAAACUGGAUGUUGGAAACCCCGAGCAACUUAUUUUAUGCUGCAAGAUUUCCUCACUCAUCCUUACAAAUUGUCAAAGUUUUAUAUGCAUUGAAGAUUUAUUAUCAAGUGAAGAAUUAAAACAGCUUUUAACCCCAUGUCUUUUACCCAGCAGUAACAAAUGGCUUGUCAUGGCUAUUAAUCUGUUAAUAAAAAGUUUUAUUGAGCAAAAGAAUUUUAUUACUUCGAAAAUCUAUGCUGAACUUCACCCGACAGAGCGAAGUUGCUCAAAAAAGGAGCAUGGAGAACUAAUAUCUGAUCCAGAACUACUCCCUGGGGUUAAAGAUUUCCCUGGACCUACUCCAAAAUUGGAGCAUUUGAAGAAAAUGCAUGAAGCUAUCAUGACCAAGAAAUUUUAUGAAGCUUCAGAAACCUCAAAGUCCUACACUGAAAAGCUCGCUGAAACGAAUAUGAUGGAAAAGGAAAUUGAAUCCUCCUUGACUGCAAGAGAAUGUGAGGUUACGCAUUAUAUUCAAAACAACUUCGAAAGAAUGUCCCAAGCCCUUGUGUGCAAACUUAGGAAAGAAUUUCAGAAAAAGAAAAAAAAAAUCACCAUAGCCACAAAAACUCAGCAAGGCCAACGCCUAAACAUUGAAAACCUUGAAUCCUUUUUAGAACAAAUUAUAGAUAUGCAACAUUCAUCUUUGUCAUACCUACUGACAGUUUUGUUUAAUAUGCUUGAAGAUGGGCAUAAAAAUGAAGUUAAUCUUAUGAUGCUCCAGCAGAUUUUAUUUUUUUUAAAUUUAUCAAAGCAAAAUAAAACUGAACUGGAUUGUAACCUGGAAGCACGGAUCAGCAACUAUGUUGUAAAUAUGUUAAAAUUAACUGUUAUACAGGAAGAUGUGUCAGUACAUUCAGUAAUUAAACAGCUUGUCGAAAUUUUAUUAACCAUGUCUGAGUCAUCGUCAUUUUCGAUGCAGCUUUUACAGUGUGAACUUGAACUAAGGGAAACAAAAGACAGCAAGAAAUUACAAGAGUUCACAAUGAUGUCAUUAAAGCAAUUAGUUUCGAAGGAGAUAACGAAUGAUGGAGAGAGAAUCAUGCUAAAGAAGUUGCUGCUACGGCAUAUAUCAUACAGGCAAGACACAGAUGAUUCAUCAAUGAUAAUCAUACUGAAAGAUAUAUUAAAGAUGGAUGCAUUCUUGAAGUGGAAUUCUGAGGAGGAGUGUCAACUUAGCUACCAAAUUGUUGAAGCUAUUUCCAUUCGAAUAAAGAACUUUGUUGAUGACUCAGCAGUGUUAUUGCAGGCCUCACAACAAGAACGUGCAGAUACAAAAAGAACAGUGUUUGUUUUGCAUAAUGGGAGCGUGAGAUUGUCAGGAAAAGCACAUGUGUUGGAGAAUGACGUGAAUGAAUGUGUCAGCAUGCUUAACCUCCUAAAAAUGAUUUUCUCUUCUAACAUUUUUGAAAAUACAAAUGAAUCAUUCAUUGAAAGAACGUUUAAAAAUCUUUUGCAGUGCUUAUCUAAAUCAGGAGGCCUAAACAACAAGAUGAGCAAAACUUUUGCGCCAUUGUUAGACAUCCCAGGAGAUUUAGUGUCAACCAAUUUGCAUCCAUUGGUCACGGCUAUUUUGCAUAUUAUAAUUGACAUCAGUACACCACAGUUUUCACGGAGUUUAGUUGAUUCGUUGGUGAGUGUUUUAAAAGAAGAAAGCAUGAGGAAAAGCAGUGCAAUGUGUGUUGAUGGUUUAAAACUGCUAAUCAAGGUAGUGCUGGGAAAAUCACCUGAUCUUUGGUCUUAUUUUGUUGAGAAAGGAGGAUUCAAUACGCUAUGCCAGGUGAUAAUAUCCCACUCCAACGAAAAUAUGAACUGGAGAGAUAACAUGAGACAUUUGCCAGCAUUGCAAGAUUUGUAUUUAUCAAACAUGUCUGUCAGCAAGAAGAUGUAUGAUAAAGAUAGAGUUCGAAGAGAUUAUGAUGGUGUGUUGUUGGAAAACUUUGCACCGUAUGCUAAAAUUACUGGACCUCCAACAAGUCCUGUUCCCGAUGUGCUCCUAAUGAACAAAUCUCCAUUGAGAAGGUCGCGAUUCGCAGCUUGGGCACAUCAGUUUCAAGAUACCGACAACCCUUGGAUUGAGUUAAAAAUAACAUUCCCUUUUGAAGUCAUGUUGCGGGAAGCCAUCAUAUAUAUGCAUGGAAGUUACCUGAUUGGUGCACCAUCUGAAGUGAUUGUUGAAAUGAAAGGAAUAUCGAACAGUUAUGCAACGUUAUCGCCAUCUUUACAAACGGGUGGCUUACAGUCUAUUGUUGUUCAUUUUGCAGAAGGACAAAUAGCUAAGGAACUUCGUUUCUGGUUACACAGACCAAACGGAGCAGACCAUAUUAAGUUGAAUCUGAUCGAGUUACAUGGACGGUCAAUAUUUGCCAGCAACGAAAAUGAGAGUCUUAUGCCCACCAACAGAAAAUUACAAUUUGAAACAUGGGUAGACUUACUUGCGUUGUUGUUCACAGAAGUUCCAGAAGCACUUCAGGAUUUUAACACACAUCCAGACAUGCACAAAGUGUUGACAUCUUUAAUAACUGUGAUGCCGUUUUUGUCAAGGAUUUGUUUACACAGACUCACCGCUUCAUUUGUGACGAACGUUCUACAGAGCAUACCGGGCUUUGCAUUGUUUGCAACAAAAGAUAUCACUACGCGCAUGCUCAGUGUGUCUUAUUUACAUCAGCUGGACACGAUGCAACUUCAACUGAUGAUACAACUACUUGCAGAUAUGAUCGUUAAGUCAAGCACAGAGCACCAAACCAGCAUUUUUAAUUACCUUCUGGAUUGGCUACCUCAACUUUUGUACCUGUUGCAAGAUGGCACGAAUAUUGUGGUUACUGAUGCUCUCCAUAUUUUCGUGCGUAAGAUAUUCAGUUUGAUUAAGUCUCUUGAUAUCGACCCUCAGUUGCUAAAUGUCAACGACACAUUAAUCAGUGUCAUUGAAGAACUGUUGCUACGAAAAACUAUGCAGCAAAAUGCCAUUGGAUUCCUCCUUCAUUUCAUUCACAUCCUUGCAUUGUUGAAGCCGAGCAUAUUUACGUCUUAUUUGACCCAUGCAGAAGAAAGGUUAAAGAAACUGACAGAGGGUGAUGUACUGAUUGAGCGAGACACAAGGAUGCCGUUGUUGGCGGUUGUUUAUUGUUACAACGACAAAAAUCAAAACAUAAUGGUGCAAAGUAGACAAUACUUCAGCCGCUUCUCAACUUUGUUGUGUGGCUUCCUCGAUGCCGUGAACUCGAGUCCCCGUAACGUCGACGAUCAAACUUUGAAAAUUAUUAUCACCAUGGUAACCGUGCUUAACAAUUUCUCGUACAGUAAUAAUGACAUUUUGUCGUGGUUCUCCACGGAGCAAGGUAGAUUGUUCUGGAAGCCACUGUUAAAAUUUAUUAGCACCCACGACGCUUCAAGGUGUAACACGCUUCUGUUGUAUUCGUUACAACAUUGUACGGCUUCGUUGUUCCAAGAUGUGCUUUAUCUAAGCCCAGAUAAUCAAAAUCAUUUUAGUUGUUUGCUUAUCGAGUUAUUAACAGAAAAUAAAGCGAGGCAUGGAGUUUUAAAUGGCAACAUGAAGCUGCUGUUAAUUCAGCUGGUCAUCACAGAGGACACCAUUAUUGUUCAAUUCAGAUCCAAAUGCGACAUGUACAUUCUGCAGAAUACACAUCAGUUACAUUUACGCAUAACUGCAACGCUGCGCGAGAUCGAACAAACGUUGUUGAGAAUUCGUGGAACUGUUUACGGUAAUGGCGCGAAAACGGACAGUGAGAAACAAGCCAGUGAAAAUUUUCCUCCUACAAGUGAUGAUGCCGCUGCUGGCAACUAUAUCUUGCAGGCUGCUUCGUUUGCUGCUGCUAAACGCAGGCCCAAGCAUAAACAGGAGACCAAAUCAAAUGAAAAGGAGUCUGAAAAAAAACUAUCUAUUGAUUUUUUCUUGACUGACCUGAGCGACAAGCCUUUACCGAAGAACUUGCGAUUUGGACAGGUGCUGCAGCUUCUUUAUGACAAAGACCCUGCCCUGCUUAGAAAGCCACCUCUUCUCCAAUAUGGCAUAUCAAACAGCUCCACUAAAUCCAACGACGAAGAGUCCUGUAAAGAAUUUUUGGAAUCUCCACCGUUGCGUACUAUGCUGGAAACCUUUGCUCACCACGGAGGUUUGCCAUUUCUAACCCUGCAACAGUCCAACCAACAUUUAUUAGCUUCGUCCAACUACAUCACUCUUUUUUCUAUGAUGCUGCCGCUGCCGGGCUUCGCCACGGUGUUUCUAAAAGAUCGAACCAAAGCUGAAAUAUUAUUGCGACUUAUGCUUGGUGUCAAAGAAACCAAGUCUGGACAGCAAAUUCACAGCCUAACAAUUUGCCAAGACUUGCCUGUACUCCCGUUGGUGUCGCUGAAGAACUUGUUGGAAGAAACUUCUUCACAAACCGAACAAGGUGCUGAGUUGCGCAGGUUGGCGUUCCAACAGAAUGUCAUCUCGUUUGUUUUGAACAACUUAAAGCAACUGUCACACUACAAAGGGAAAGAGGAGAAGAAGGUCGGAAAAAGUUUAACAGGUGAAGGACUUCCGGAUGCUAAUUACUGGGCAAAAGGUACGGGCUUUGGUACAGGUUCGACUGUUUCAAGCUGGGACAUCGAGAAGGCGCUGAAGGAAAAGAAAAAAGAAGAAGAACAAAUUGUUGUGAUUUUUCAGGUAUUAGCUGCAUUCAUUGGAACUGUGGAAACUGCCGAAGUGUGCCAAAGUGUACCUUUGAUGAAUGAUUUUGAAGAAAUGCUCACCAAGUCUUGUGUUGUUAGUGUACUGGCUGGUUACUUACACAAUGAUUCAGUAUUGGACAUGUCACGCCACAUUCCGUUGUACCACGCUGUGUUGUCAUUGCUACGUGCACUUGCAUCAGUGGAUGUGUUUAUACCUCUGCUGACCAGUAUGAAAGGUCAAUCCGUUGUCAAUAUUGACAAUAGUAAUACUCUCAUUAAAUUGCUGACGAAGUUGAAAGCUUGUGUUGAUACUUAUCAGAAAAGAUUAAAAACUUCAAACAAGCCGAAAGGUAUGAAACUUGCUGAUAAAAGCAAACCAACUAUCUCUGCAACAAAACCUCGCCUGAUAGUAUCAAAAGAUAAAGAGAAGGAGAGCAGUAAGGAAUCGAAAGAAGCUGAUGUGGAAGAGUUAAACACUCUUUUGGACGACAUUCACUCCACCGCAGAGUUUGUUCAGACCAUGAUUGAACAACACCAAGAGACUAUGAACUCCACUCUAGUGUUCGAUGCGGAUGCGCUCAACGAAGAGAUCAUUUGCUCAUCAGAAGAUAAAGAAAGUGAGGAGGAGAGAUAUGUUAACGAGAUGAUACAACUCCAAUUUGAUACAUACGAAAUUGUUGGAGAGAAGGAGGAUGGAACUCUACAGUUUAACGUACCGUACCAUUACGCAACGUCUGUACUCGCAGCCGCGAAAAAUGCUGACAUGGCAAAUGCUGCACGUGCACGUCGUUUGGCGCAAGAAGUCGCCUCUUUGUCUACCUCGUUACCAAUCUCCUAUAGUUCGACUGUAUUUUUACAAUGUGAUGAGGAGAGGCUUGAUGUUAUGAAGGUUUUAAUUACUGGUCCGGAAGACACGCCCUAUGAGAACGGUUGUUUCGAAUUUGAUGUUUACUUUCCACCCGACUAUCCUUCGUCACCGAUGUGUGUAAACCUACAGACGACAGGUAAACACACUGUCAGGUUCAAUCCUAACCUAUAUAACGAUGGGAAGGUAUGUCUCAGUAUAUUAAACACAUGGCAUGGACGCCCUGAAGAAAGGUGGAAUGCUCAAACAUCCAACCUUUUACAGGUUUUGGUAUCAAUCCAAUCUCUUAUUCUUGUGACCGACCCUUAUUUUAACGAGCCAGGAUAUGAACGAUUGCGCGGUACACCACAAGGUAAACAAAACUGCAACGAUUACAACGCCAACAUCAAACAAGCAACUGUGAAAUGGGCGAUACUUGAACAAAUUAAAAAGCCUUCACCUUGCUUUAAAGAGAUUGUUCACAAACACGUUCUUCGAAAGAAAACAAGAAUUAUUGCCCAGUGUGAACAGUGGCUUAAAGAAUUAAAAGAGCAAGCAUCGAAACGAAAGACAACUGCACAUAGCUACGAAUCGUUGAAAGCACACUUCGCCGAACUGAAAUUAGAACUGAUGAAGUUGGAAAAGAAAUCUGUUGAAGAGAAAACAACUGACAAGGAGAGUGAUGAUCUUAGUCGGUCAACUUUUUCGGAAGAGCUCCCUAAGCAAAAUGCUGAACCAUCGAGUGAUGAUUUUGCAAACAAAGAUGGAGACCUCAAGUACACAGAAGUGGUUUACUUGUAGGUACCCUGGAAGUUGAAUUUCAGUAGUAUUAACUGCGUCACGUUUUUUUGGAGGAGCAAUGAACGGAGUCCGUUUGGGCUAACAAACCCCGGGUAUUUUAUCCCUUCGUUUUAUUGACAAAAGGUCCUGAAAAAAAAUGCUGAAAUAGAGUAUACCAGUUUGUUGUAAAGUAUUUUUAAAUGACAUUUUUAAAAAUCGUAAGACUUUGAAAAGGAAUAUUUAAUAUUUCAUAAAUUUAAAUUUUUGGCGUUUAAUUUAUGUGACUGUGACUGUGUCGUUGUUUUGUGUUUGUCGUAUCCAUUUUUUGCUCUCUGCAUCGUGUUUGUCUGUUUUUUUAGUAAGUUGCUUAAACGAGCAAAUAAGUUUUACAGUUUCAUUCGUAUUUUAUCCGUAAGCGUGUACCUUAAUGCCAGAAUGAAUUUUUUGGUCUUAGCGCAUCCCUUACAUUAACUUACAGUUGUGAAAAAAACCGAAGAAAUAAUUUUUUUUUCUGGAUAUUCCUCUUGAUAGAAAAACAAAUAAUGUAUUGGUGAAAAGCGUGAGUCAUGUUUGUUCUGCUUUAACUAUCCCUUAACCCUGUGGAGCUGACAUUUGCGUGCCAUUAAUUUUCCCGCGUUUUCGCUACGAGAACGUAAAAAAACCGGGAAAAUUUUGUUAUUAAGGUAUCUAAAGAGCAGAUAGAGCAUUUUUGUACUCAAAUACUUCUAUUCACUUCCACCAUUUUGUAUGAAAAGUUAUAAACCUUUGUUCGAUGUAAAAUUAUUAUUGUAGCUGUCACUAUAGUAACCAGUAAUAUCUACUUUGCUUUGUAAUUUUAAAUAUUUUGGUUACGAGGUAAUCUUGUAGUUCUAAAGAAAUAAGAAAAUAUGUAUGUAAUUUUAUCGAGAUAAAAAUGUUUUUUUUAUGAUAAUAUUACGUUUUAAUUUUA